AUGAAAACCUUGUUCUUGUCAACUGUUUGUGCGCUGGUCGUUGUUCUUCUUGCUCGGGAUAAUUGGUCUCAUUACGGCGCAGUUGCGACCCACGGUAAGGAAACUCCGUUUUAACACUAUAACGCUAAUUUCUACAAAGUUUUUUUUUUUUUCAAAAUUUAAAUAAUCUCCUUUUGGACUGAUUAUCCACAAAAACGUGCAAAAAAAGGUCUAACAUUCCAGCUACACGUAUUGUAAGAUCCACAGCAUUGACCACACCAGUGUGAUUCAAAUGUGAAAAAAAAAAGGCUUGUUAGAAAAAUGUUCCAAUCACGGCUCCAAACAUAACAUCCUGUCAGGAAGUACUCUCAAAUAAAAAAACAAACAAACAAACAAGUAAAGAAAAAAAAAAAAACAAGGAAAACAAGCAAAAAGAGGAGACACUGAAAAGAAUGCAAUAGCUCCUUGGCAUACACCAGCAUUUUCCACAAAAUUCCAUAAAUUGGAGAUAUAAAGCUAGACUUCUCUAGAUUCCUAAACAAGAAAACGCCUUGAGAGUAUCUCCAUUCCUUUUGUAAUUGUGAAUGCACAUGAUACUAAAAAGAAUGUAUAACUCGAGACAUAUUUACAUACUUUUCAAUGGGCAAUUUUCGUUAUCAUGCCUUUCAGACGUGUGCGGACGUCAUGUGAAAUUUACUGCUGUCAUUAAGGGCUAUGCUCUUUAUGGUCACGUGAUUCAGAACCUUACGCUUCCGGUUGAUAUACAAGACCCCUGCAGGACUCAGUGUGUUAUGGAAAGUCGCUGCGUAGCAAUCAAUAUUGGUCCACACUUCGGCGAUCACAUAAUAUGUGAACUAAGUGAUUCAGACGGAACUGAAUACCCCCAAGAUCUCAAGCCUCGCAAUGAUUUUAUUUACAUUGGUACUGAG